GCACCGGCCGUGCUGGGGCCGGGCUCUCCCGGGCGUCCUUGGGGCCGCUGCCGCCUCCCCCAGGGCAGGCAGCUGCCCAGAGGGGAGACCCGAGGGCAAGGCGCGCGCCCCGCCGUGCCCAGCCGCCCACCCCCCCGCAGCGCACCGGGCAGCUCGCCGAGGCCAGGCGCCAUGGGCUUGCUGGAGUGCUGCGCCAGGUGCCUCAUCGGGGCACCCUUCGCCUCGCUGGUGGCCACCGGCCUCUGCUUCUUCGGGGUAGCGCUGUUCUGUGGCUGCGGGCACGAAGCCCUCACGGGCACCGAGCAGCUCAUCGAGACCUACUUCUCCAAAAACUACCAGGACUAUGAGUAUCUCAUCGAUGUCAUCCACGCUUUUCAGUACGUCAUCUACGGCACGGCCUCCUUCUUCUUCCUCUACGGAGCCCUGCUGCUGGCCGAAGGCUUCUACACCACCGGCGCCGUGCGGCAAAUCUUCGGGGACUACAAGACCACCAUCUGCGGCAAGGGGCUCAGCGCAACGGUAACCGGGGGCCCGAAGGGGAGGGGAGCGCGAGGCCCCCAGCGAGCUCACUCGCUGCAGCGAGUGUGCCAGUGUUUGGGAAAGUGGCUAGGACAUCCUGACAAGUUCGUGGGCAUCACCUACGUGCUGAGCGUCGCCUGGCUCCUGGUGUUCGCCUGCUCCGCCGUGCCCGUCUACAUCUACUUCAACACCUGGACCACCUGCCAGUCCAUCGCCAACCCCAGCAAGACCUCGGCCAGCAUCGGCUCGCUGUGCGCGGACGCCCGCAUGUACGGCGUGCUGCCCUGGAACGCCUUCCCCGGCAAGGUGUGCGGCUCCAACCUGCUCUCCGUGUGCAAGACCAGCGAGUUCCAGAUGACUUUCCACCUCUUCAUCGCGGCUUUCGUGGGCGCCGCCGCCACGCUGGUCUCGCUGCUCACCUUCAUGAUCGCCGCCACGUACAACUUCGCCGUGCUCAAGCUCAUGGGCCGAGGCACCAAGUUCUAGCGCUGCCGGGCGGCGCCGAAAACGCCCUUCUCCGCGCCGACCGCCCGGCUUUAACGCUGCCGCCGCCGCCGCAUCCGCGCCGCCCGCCUUAACUCUGCCUUCCUCGCCGCCCUUCCUCGUCCUCCCUCGCCUCUGCCCGGCCGAGCAUCCCCGCCGCGGACCUUUCCCGGCGCGCCGCUCCGGGAAGGAUUUUCUUUUUUCUUUUUUUUUUUUCCCCCCUCCUUUCCCUCCCACCCCCUAGCAAAAUAGCAAAAAAAAAAAAAAAAAAAAAAAAAAAGGGAAUUUAGCUAUUUAGCUGCCUGCUGCCACCAAGACAAAGGGAGUUUAGGGCAAGGAUCUUCCCGUGGCGAAGAGAGCGCUGACCCCGAUGCCGAGAGCGUGCCGGCUUUGCCCCGCGACCCCCCCGCCGCCGGCUGCUCUGCCCGCGCCCCCUCCCCUUAGCGCCAGGCUGCGAGCCUGUUUGCCGGAGCAGCUCCAUCCUCCGCGGAGUUAUUUUAUUGUAAUUUUUAUUUUAUUUUAUUUUUUCCCGGGGAGGCCGCGGGGGGCAGGGGACACCGGACGAGGUGGUGGUGGUGGUGGGGGCAUCACACAGACGCUCGCUUGGCUCGCUCCCUCCGAGGGGGUUCGGGGGGGUUUUUUUUGGUGCCGAUUUAACAGCAAAUAACCAGAUCGUCCUUCCCAGCCGCAUCGCCAGGCCUCAAACACACACGCACACGCGCGUGCACCCACACGCGCACACGCGCACAACACGGAGUUAAUCGACUGAAAGUGUUUCCUUCCUCCCUCAUCUCCAACUUCAACUCGUUAACAAGCAAUUAAAACAAAAAAGGAGCAAGUUUUUAGAGCCUCAUCUUACAAGAUGUAUUUUAUAAAAAUUAAG